AUGCAAAGGAACCCUGAAGCAUCAAUGCUUGCUCUUCGUGCCUGAACAUUAAGGGAUGAAUGCAAUCAGGAAGAAGAGAUUUUGGGCAUCCUGUUUCUGCGUGAUGGCCUUUUUCUUCCUUCUCGUCACUCUCCAGGUGGUUGUGGAACUUGGAAAGUCGGAAAGGCUGGAGACUAAAAGCUCAAUUUCACAAAAAGGUGCAUUCAAAGAGGAAGAACAUCAGAAAGAUGCAAGCUUGUUGGUAAAGAAACCAGAUUUUUCCAGCACUACAAAGACAAUCAUGAACAAAGAUAGCCACCCUGUCUUGGUUUGGUGGUCUCCACUGACGGGCGAGACCGGACGACUUGGUCAGUGUGGUCAAGAUGCUUGCUUCUUUACUAUCAACAGGACCUAUCAGUACAAUCCUAUGACUAAAGCAUUUCUCUUCUAUGGUACAGACUUCAGUAUUGAUGCCUUACCUCUUCCCCGUAAAGCCCAUCAUGACUGGGCCCUUUUCCACGAGGAGUCACCCAAAAAUAACUACAAGCUCUUCCAGAGACCAGCGAUCACUUUGUUCAACUACACGGCGACAUUCAGCCGCCACUCACACUUACCCCUCACCACCCAGUACCUUGAAAGUAUUGAAGCCUUAAAGUCCCUGAGGUACAUGAUCCCUUUGCAAGAGAAGAACAGUUUGAGAAAGAGACUCGCUCCGCUGGUCUACGUGCAGUCAGACUGUGAUCCCCCCUCCGACAGGGACACCUACGUGAGGGAGCUGAUGACCCACAUUGAGGUGGACUCUUACGGAGCCUGUUUGCAUAACAGAGAUCUUCCGGAGCAUCUCAAAAACCCAGCGUUCAUGGACAGCGAUAACUUCUACAAGAUACUUGCCCAGUACAAAUUUGUCUUGGCUUUUGAGAAUGCCGUUUGUGAGGAUUACCUCACUGAAAAAUUGUGGAGACCACUGAAGCUGGGGGUGGUCCCUGUUUAUUAUGGCUCCCCCAGCAUCACAGACUGGCUUCCCAGCAAUAAAAGUGCUAUCCUGGUGGCAGGAUUCGCACACCCCAAGGAGCUGGCGGGGUACAUCAAGGCUUUGGAUGCGGAUGACAAGGAGUACGAAAGCUACCUCGAGUGGAAAUUAACAGGCCGCAUCUCCAAUGAACAACUGCUCACUGCUAUGAGAGAGCGCACCUGGGGAGUGCAGGAUAUCAUGAAGGACAAUUACAUCGAUGCUUUCGAGUGCAUGGUGUGUGCUAAUGUGUGGGAAAACAUCAGGAGAGAAGCAAAGGGAAUGUUACCAAGAAGGUGGAAUGCUGAAGCCAGUCACUUGAGCUGCCCCAGACCUGAAGGGUUUGUUUUUCCAUCUUCAAAUAAUCACAGAACGGCUCUACGAGACAUGUGGAUACCAAGUUUCGAGCAGUCCAAGAGUGAAGCAAAGGCCCUGAGGUGGCUGGUCGAAAAGAACCGAAAUUUCACCGCUCAGGAAUUUUGGACUCUUGUGUUCAGGGAAUGA